AUGGAUAACGAGACCCAAAAAGCCAAGGCUCGACAGACUGCUAAGCUUUUACGGAUGUACAGCAAGACGAUGAAAUCGUAUAGUGCCUCUGGCAAUCUUCAUAUUGAACACCUGCUAUCAAUCUACGAAGAGCUGUAUCCUUGCAACACACAUCUAGCCGAUAUUAUCAACGUCCCAGCUCGACCCUCAGAGCUAGUCAUUCGCAGGGUAUCACGAGACUACUCGAUUGCCUCCUUUACUGAAGGCUGGCUACUAAGGCUUCGUGGGUGGACGGACGAGUUUUAUUUUUUUGCCAAAGCAGCCUAUCAAUCAUACGAAGACUACGGGCACGCUGACUACAAGCUUAUUUAUUCCCUCCGCCAGAGCACAGUUGGACUUAGCGCUGAUACCUUGGACUGGAUUCUGUGUCAAGCGCUCAAAUCCUACCCGCCAAAGCACCCACGUGUCCUAGAAAUGAUCGGAAACUAUGCCUACAGUAUUUCUCAAGACUCCGAAAACUCCGAUACAGCUUUGUCUUGGUAUUGGUGGCUUCUUUUAGCACGGAUUCAGAUCUUGGGUCCACAACACCGAUCUACGGCUGGCGCAUACCUUGGGAUUGGCAUGUCAUCCAUAAACUGCGAAGAAAGCCUAGCAGCACAAUUGAGAGCUUGCAACAUCAGAAUUGCCACACUUGGAUACGAUGACAUCUUAACACGUAACGCACUGAAAGAGUUCGCCUCCAGAUUUCAUAAUUGCCGUUACACUACAGCUGCACGCAGGAACGUCCUAUCCCCAAUUAGUAAGUUGAUUAAGGCACGAGGAAUUGACACGGCAAACGAGAUUUUCGGUGUUCGAUUCGUGCUUUUCUAUCAGAUGCUAGCUGCCAUGGACCAGGAUGUUGGGUUACUUGAACAUAUGCCAACGACUUGGGCAUUAUUUCUGACAAUGCUUGAGGCCUUUUUCGAUCUGUUUCCCUUUCUCGACAGGAAACUACAGCAGCAGAGCAAGCGAGGUUUCCUUUUUUCAAAUCCGUUCUUUUGA